AUGUCAUCCCCAUACUCGGCCAGGUUCUUUAAGGGUAUCGACCCUGGAACUAUCGUCACUCUCGAUCGACCCUCCCCUUCUUGGUGGAAGAUCAUCGAGAAGCUAAACGAGCAUGACCAUCAAGUCAACGUGGAGGAAAACGAGGAAUCCGGCUUUGUAUCUUUUGCGUCGGCUAAAGCCCUAUGCUGCGAUCCUAAAAGGCGUUCAAAGAAAGCCUUCAUGCGAAUCUACAAACAAGUUCCCCAUCGAAAAACUGAAAUGUGGGAUAUAGACUCCAGAGGCCGACAAGCCACGACUUAUCCCCCGCGAGAAUUGACCGCCUGUAUAGAUCUCACUCAGAACGGCUCAAGUAAUACACCAAAGCUCUUCGAAUAUAAAAUAGGUACUCAUGAUCGCUCGGGGCUAGUUCUGGGUGGAUUUAUCAUCUGGCUUGUGUGGGAGAUCGUUCCAAGGCUACGCCUCGGAGAUGGUUACGGCGCUGAUACAGUUUGGGCUCUUGAAAGCGACGAAAUGGAGCAAAUCCGCGUAGCUUUUGUUAAAGCUCUCCCCACGCUAGUAGAGAACGGGUGGUAUCCGGUGUCCACGGCAGAAAGUCUAGUUUGGCACCACGAGACGCAAACACUCCUAAACGCCCGUUUCGAAGUUGAAGUCAAGACGAUAGCGGCUUCCGAGCUCGCUAAACCGGACUCUUCACAUAGACGAAGAGAUAUAGACUGGGGUAGAGACACUUCACGCUGGCAAUGGUAG